AUGCAGAUUCUUUCUUGGAAUGUUAGAGGAUUGUGUUCUAGAGAUAGAAGAGUUGUUGUGAAGAAAGUAAUACAACUUUAUAAGGCUCACAUCAUCAUUCUUCAAGAGACUAAGAUGAUGCACUGCACAGAUUUUGAUAUUCAACAACUUUGUGGAAGUAAUAACUUUAGGUGGACUUUCCAACAAUCUGUUGGUAGUUCAGGAAGAAUGAUCAUUUUGUGGAAUAAGGAUAUUUUGGUUGUGAAUGACUCCCUUGUAGGUGAUUAUACUCUCUCUAUUGCUUGUACAGACAUAGCAGAUGGUUUCCAAUGGAUCUUAACUAAUGUGUAUGGUCCUAAUAAACAUCAAGAAAGAUGUUGUUUUUGGGAAGAACUAGAUAAUGUGUGUAGAUUAUGGGAUCUUCCUAGGUGUAUUAGAGGGGAUUUUAACACAGUUCUUUGUUGUGGUGAGAAAAAGAACUGCUCUAAAGUAACCAAGAGUAUGAAGAGUUUUGCUAGCUUCAUUGAGAAACAUGAGCUAAUUGAUCUUCCUCUCAAAGGUGCUAGGUAUACUUGGUCCAACAAUCAAUCUGUUCCUAUCAUGUGUAGGCUUGAUAGAUUUUUGCUCUCUCCUUCCUUUGAACUCAAAUUUCCUCUUGCCUCUCAACUUGCAAAACCUAGACCAACUUCUGAUCAUAUUCCUUUAAUUCUUGAUCUCUCUGAUCCUUCUUGGGGACCUAGCCCGUUUAGAUUUGAGAUUCUUUGGUUUUUGGAAAAUGGUUUUGUGGAAAUAUUGGAAAAUUGGUGGAACUCUUUCUGUUUUGUAGGUACACCCAGUGAGAUUUUUUGGUUAAAGCUAAAAGAACUGAAAGGUUUACUCAAGGUGUGGAACAAAGAUACUUUUGGCCGUACAACAACCAAACUACAGAAUAUUUUGUCUGACAUUCAAGUGAUAGACAGUGUUUCUGAAAGUGUUUGCUUGUCACAAGAUCAAGUCAAUGCAAAGAUUAGUCUACAAGCUGACUUUGAGAAAGUGACUCUUAUGGAGGAGACUGCUUGGAGGAUUAAAUCAAAAUCUAAGUGGAUCAAAGAAGGAGAUAGGAACACUGCUCAUUUCAUGAGAAUUGCUGCUGCAAAAAGGAGGUACAACAGAAUUAGACAAUUGUACAUCGAUGGAGUUAUGAUAUCUGACAAAACAAUUUUGCAGGAACAUAUUGUAGCCUUUUAUAGAACUUUAUUCACUGAAGAUAUGCUCAUAAGACCUGAAUUAGAGGGAAUUAAUUUUGAUCAAAUCAACUCUGAAGAGGCAACCAUUCUUGAGAGUAAUUUUACUGAAGAUGAAAUUUAUUGA